AGCAGCACCGGAAGUGACAGAGGAAGCAACAUUAAAGCCCCGCACGCCCCUUUUUGCUGCCGCAUAUACGCGUUUUGCUUCACGCCUUUCACGCGUUCAGCUUCCACCGGAUUCCUCGUUCCGCAGCGCCCCCAAAGACCCACGGUCGUCUCCCCUCCGCUGGCCACGUUCCUCCCUGUCAGACGUCACUUCUCCGCUGCGCUCGCUCCAAGCUGAAGUCAACGCGGGAGGAGCAAAAUAAUACAGGACCAACAGUUUCGCUCGGGUCGAAUCGUCGGACGCUUUUUUUUCUUCGCGCAGCCAAGGCUUUCUCCGGCGUCAAACUCGGCCGAUUUAUUUCCUUCGUCCCCGUGUCUUCCUAUCAGGGUCAAUGGCGGCGUCUCUGCUCAACCCCGCGGUGCUUCAGGACCUGGCGCUGAGCUGGCUCCGCGAGGACCAGCCCAGCCUCGACGUGGGCCUGUACGUGGUGGGCGACGCCGACUGCACCGCCUACCUGUGGUGCAAGAGCCCCGGCGUGCUGGCCGGCGUGCCGUUCGCCAACGCCGUCCUCUCGCAGCUGGACUGCGACGUCAAGUGGCUGCGCAACGAGGGCGAGUGGCUGCACCCCGUCGCCAAGGUGGCCGAGGUGACCGGCCAGGCGCGGCGCGUGCUGCUCGCCGAGCGCGUGGUGCUCAACUGCCUGGCGCGCGCCAGCGGGGUGGCGUCGUCGGCGCGGCGGAUGCGCGAGGUGCUCAACGGCAUGCACUGGGACGGCGUGCUGGCCGGCACCCGGAAGACGACGCCCGGCUUCCGGCUGGUCGAGAAGUACGCGCUGCUGGUGGGCGGCGCGGACACGCACCGCUACGACGUCGCCUCCAUGAUCAUGCUCAAGGACAACCACCUCACCUCGGUGGGCUCCAUCGAGAAGGCUGUCCGCAUCGCCAAGAAGAUGGGCGGCUUCACGCGGAAGGUCGAGGUCGAGUGCCGCUCCGUCGAGGAAGCCCAGCAGGCCGCCAGGGCGGGGGGUGACAUCAUCAUGCUCGACAACUUCGAGGCAAAGGACUUGUCGCCGGCGGCGCAGAAGCUGAAGACCGAGUUUCCGGGCGUGCUUGUCGAGGCCUCGGGAGGCAUCACUCCCGAGAACGUGACCCAGUACGCUGUGCCGGGCAUCGACAUCAUCUCCUCGAGCAUGCUCAUCCAGGGCUACCCCACGGUCGACUUCUCGCUCAAAGUGCAGCCGCCGAAGAAGCCCGAGUGCUAACAAGUCGCAGGCGCGGAUUGAGAGAGAGACGAUCACGCAUGCGCGUGCUCACCUCUUGCAACACUAGUGUAGCGCGAACAGCACGAGAACACACGAAGUGCACAUGAACACACAAAACACCCGCCGUGGUUGCUCAGUGGCUAUGGUGUUAGGCUGCUGAGCACGAGGUCGCGGGAUGGAAUCCCGGCCGCGGCGGCCGCAUUUCGAUGGGGGCGAAAUGCGAAAACACCCGUGUGCUUAGAUUUAGGUGCACGUUAAAGAACCCCAGGUGGUCGAAAUUUCCGGAGUCCCCCACUACGGCGUGCCUCAUAAUCAGAAAGUGGUUUUGGCACGUAAAACCCCAUAAUUUUUUUUAAUGAACACACAAAGACGGCGCUGUGUUCGUGUGCUCCUCUGGUGACUUCUUGUUGUUUGCGCCAAACAAGUAUUCGAAGAUGUAAUACUAAUAAUCCCGCGUUGCGGCAUUGGCGGUCAACUCUCUCGGUCCGGAAAAAUGCAAGCCCAAAAUGAAGACCUUCUCGCUAUUGAUUUUUCUCAAGCGACUGCGAGAUUUCAUUUUUUUUUUCUCAAAUAAAACAUUCGUGUAUGCGCAUA